GGGUGGCUGGCUUUAAACUUUCGGGUGUCCUGCACAUGUCCGCUCUUCCCUCUCAUCACAUCGCGACAUUACGAAACAAACGGUAUUCCCAAAAUACAUGCCUCGAACCUUGUUUUGAAAACAAAGUCCAUAGAAACGUAUCCGCAUAAUCGUGGUUGUUUAGUUGUCCCUACUCGCAUGCCUGCCAGCAUCGCACCUCUGAGAGUCCAACUGCAAAAGCCCAUUCGCAUCAUCAAAGAAGCCAAAGGGUCCGUUUCACUACUCGGCCUAGCAUUCUACUACGACUUCACGAUCUGGCAGAACUUUGGCACAGGCAGCACGCCCCCAACGCUCAAAAGCUACCUUAAAAUCCGACGCUGGGGUCUCUAUCUGUUGUCUCAUUGCCAAAAUCUACGCGACCCGUCGCCCAUUCCCAACACAGGGCCAUCUUACAUCAACGCAGAAAAGGUUCCGCAUCGCGCAGGCGUCAGGCCGAAGCUAACACGCUGGACGCUGCCGCAACGCCAGUUUCCGGUGGAAAUCACACCGCGAGCAAAGGCUAUGCUGCACGGUAUGAUGUCUGGGUUUGCUUCCGCGUCGCCCUAUGCCAUGUAUAUCGAUGCUGCGCCGAGCAAGGCUGAGGGGGACGCCGGGGAGGCCAUCUAUGUGAGGCAGGAUGUAGAGGGUAUGAAUCCUGAUGCGCGGAAGACUUUUUAUGAGGUCGCUCAUGUGCAUCCAUCGGGGAACUCGCUGCAUGUAUACGUAAGUCCGGCAGACGCAAGGUUAGUGAUGGAGCGCAGAUGGGGCGAGAGGUUUCCUGUGGGAUGGUUGGCGCUGCCAAGUUGGAUGAUGUUGUAUGCGCCGCGGAAUGAGGACGAGGUAAGUGUUGUACGGGAGAUUGUGCGGGCUGGUGUGUGUUUUGCCGUGGGCAGGGAGUUGAAGGAGUAAUGUUAGGAAGAAGAGCAGAUUAUCCUUCGAGAAGUAUUCUCCUGUCUCAUU